GUGUGCAAAAGCAAAGCGAAGAGAACGCAGCGCAGCCGAAAAAAAUUUUUUUGGAAGCAGUUAAGCAGCGCACUGCACGCGAUAUAUUUUUUAUUUUCAAAAGGGUUCAAGCUAAUUAUUUAAGCAAACUAGCGGAUCAACGUGCCGGGCAGUCGAACUGUGAGAGUCGAACGUACGUAUGUGUGUGUGGAUGCAGCAGCCGAAGCAGCAACAACAAAAACAAAAACAAUAGCCACAACAGUAACAAAAAGCAAAAAGACUGAUAACGAAGCAGGGAAAUAUAAAGGGAAUUUUUUAUCGGAGAAGCAACGCAAAAAAAAACUUUGUUGCUAAACACAGAAAAAAGAGAAAAAUCAAAAGGACUGCAUUCGGUUGAGGCGUCAACUGACAGCGACUACUGUAUUAUAUCAAUUACAACAACAAUAAUAACAACAACCGGCGAAAACAGAGUUACCACCAACAACAACAACAGCAACAAAAUGGACGAUCUUAUGGUCGAAGUGCGACUCGAUAACGGUGCCUACUACAAGGGCCAGGUGACAGCUGUCGGUGAUGAUGGCCUCUUUGUGGAUGUGGACGGCGUGUCCGAGGUGCUGAAAUACGCAUUCGUCAAUGUUCGCCUGCCGCCCGAUGAGGCCAAUGCAACGGCGCCCAACUUUGAGGAGGGCAUGGAGGUGGAGGUGUUUACGCGGACAAACGAGCGCGAGACAUGCGGCUGGUGGGUGGCCGUCAUCAAAAUGCUCAAAGCGGAUAUCUGUGCGGUGGCAUAUAUUGGCUUCGAGACGCCCUAUACCGAAAUCUGUGAACUCGGCCGAUUGCGCGCCAAAAAUCCAAAUCCGCCAAUUACGCCCAAAUCCUUCUUUCAGUUCACGCUGCCCGUGCCCGAGGAGCUCCGCGAAGUAGCUCAAAAGGAUGGCAUACACAAGGAGUUUCAGCGCACCAUCGAAGCGAGCGUUUGCAACUACAAUCGCGAUAUCGAUGCCUUAAUUGUCAUCUCCAAAUGCGAACACACUCAGAAGCGCGCCAGUAUGCUCAAGGAUAUGCAUUUUCGUAAUCUCUUACAAAAGGUUAUGCUCUUGAAAAGGACUGAAGAAGCUGCGCGUCAGCUCGAAUCGACUAAGCUGAUGAGUCGUGGCAACUACAUCGAGGAGUUUCGUGUGCGCGAAGAUCUCAUGGGCCUGGCAAUUGGCUCGCAUGGCUCCAAUAUACAGGCGGCACGCACGCUGGUCGGCGUUACGAAUAUUGAGCUGGAGGAGAAGUCGUGCACAUUCAAGAUUAAUGGGGAGACCAAGGAGUCUGUGGAGCGGGCACGCGCCAUGCUCGAGUAUUCCGAGGAGUUCUUUCAGGUGCCCAGGGAGCUCGUUGGCAAGGUGAUUGGCAAGAAUGGUCGGAUCAUACAGGAGAUUGUCGACAAAAGCGGUGUGUUUCGAAUCAAGAUCGCUGGCGAUGAUGAACAGGAUCAGAAUAUACCACGCGAACCAGCGCACGUACCCUUUGUGUUCAUCGGCACCACGGAGAGCAUUGUGAAUGCCAAAGUGCUGCUCGAAUAUCAUUUGUCGCAUCUCAAGGAAGUGGAGCAGCUGCGCCAGGAGAAGCAGGAAAUCGAUCAACAGUUGCGCGCCAUACAGGAGUCCUCGAUGGGCUCGACACAAAGCUUUGCCGUGUCGCGGCGCUCCGAGCGGGGCUACAGCAGCGAUAUUGAAUCGGUCCGCUCGAUACGUGGCGGCGGCGGUCAGCGUGGACGCGGUCGUGGUCGUGGCGGCGGUGGCAACAAUAUGAAUCAGCGCUACCACAACAAUCGGCGCGACGACGAAGAUUACAAUUCCCGCGGCGAUCAUCAGCGCGAACAGCGCUACAACGAUCGCAGCAGUGGUGGUGGCCCACCAAACGCUGGCGGUGGCAGCGGUGGCGGCGGCGGCGGCAAUGUUGGCAACGUUGGUGGUGGUGGUGGUGGUGGAGGUGGUGGCAACAACUAUCGCGGCGGCAACGAUCGUCGUGGCAUCAAUCGCCGGCCGCCACGCAAUGAACAGAAUGGCGGCAGGGAUUAUCAGUACCACAAUCACAACACCGAUGAGAUGCGAGAGACGCGCGAAGUGAGCAGCGUGGAGCGUGCAGACAGCAACUCAUCGUACGAAGGCAGCUCCAGAAGACGCAGAAGGCAAAAGAACAACAAUGCGCCUAGCAACACAAACGGUUCGGUGGCCAAUAACAACAACAAAGCAACACAGCAGCAGCAACAGGCAGCGUCGGGGGCACAACAGCAGCAGCAACCGUUGGCGGCGGCACAAGCGAAUAAAUCGGCGCCACUGAAUGCACAACAGGAGAACAACAAACAGAGCAGCGGCAAUGCGAACUCGGUUGCCGCCAAGUCGAAGGAUGCGCCGAGGAACAACAGUGAGAAGCAGCAGCAGCAGCAACAGCCGCAACAGCAGGCGGCGGGCACACAACAGCAACAACAGCAGCAGCAGCAACAACAGCAAGCAUCGCAGCAACAGCAGCAGGCGCAACAGCAGCCGCAGGCGGCACAGCAGCAGCAACAGCAGCCCAAACCAAGGCGCAACAACAAGAAUCGCAACAAUCAUACGGAACAGGUGGUCGCUGCAACGGAUGCCAUCAAGAAGGAGGGUCUGGUCAAUGGUACGUCCUAAACGACAGCAGCGAUAGCAGCAACAGCAGCAGCAGCAGCAGCAGCAGCAACAACAUCAGCACAGCAGCAACACAUAACGGCAACAGCAAACAGCAACAACAACAACAACCAGAACAACAACAACAAAACACAUACACACAAAUUGCAAAUCGUUCGUUAAACAUAAAUGUUGUCUAGCAGGCAGUUAAAUAAAUUUUAAAGUUAAUGUCGUUAACAAAUCGCCGCCACACAUAGCAAACAAACAACAACAAAACACAACUCACAAACAGCAACAACAACAACAACAUUACGAAACAUAACAACAGAAACAGCAAUAGGAACAACAAAACAGGAACAACGUGUAGAGUAGGCCUAAAUAACACAAUGCGAAUGUUUGAGAGAAACUAUUUGUGAGUAACGAAAACAAGAAAAGCAUAUAAUAUAUACCAUACAUGAAGAAUGUACUAACUAUAAAAACGCAUAAGCACACACACACACACACUAACACAUCCACACACACACACCCGCCCACACCCACACACACACACACACACACAGACAGACAGACAGCUCGAAUUAUACACAAAAAGAUGCAAAAAGAAAAGAAGAAAAUGCCUAGGCUUAUAAUUUGAAUUGCAAUUGAAUAAAACCUUUAAUAACAAUUAUUAUAAAAUUAUAAAUUAUGUGUAUAAAAAGCAAAAACCUAAACUGCAAUUACAACAAAAUUGAAAUAUGUUAACUUAAACCUUAAUGCAGUCAGCAAUUUUAGAAUAGUUUUUCAUUUUAGAAAUUCUAAAAACAAAAAAAAAAACUUAAAUUAUAUAUACAUAAACAAAAUAAAAAGAAAAACACAACAAAAAUUAAAAUGAAAACAAAAACAAAAACAAAACAAAAAACUUGCCGAAAAUGUGCUUUAAAAGCGCAUUUAUUCGCCAACUUGAAAAGUUUCUAGUUACAUACGCGUAUGCAUAAAAUGAUAGUGAAAGAAAUCAAUGAAAUUGCUCUUUUUUUAUACAUAUGCAUAUACUUUGUAAAUUAGCCUUUAUAGUUUAGUUUGUCUAGUUUUGUGUAUAAUUCGUGCGUGAAACUAAACUAAAAAAGAAAAACGAACAGCAACAACAACAAGAAACGAAAACGAAAAAAGAAAAGAAAAGUGCAACAGUUAUAUUUAUUUUUUGUAAUCAAACAUUUUUUUCUUCUUUUUUUUUGUAUUAUUAUCUUUUAGUUGCGUAUAAAAAUGCUUGAAAGUUGCCAGCAAAUGGGCGAAAUAAAAUUAUAUAAGGCCAACAAAUGUUUAUAAAUAAUAGCAAUCGCGAACUAUUUCGCAUUUUGUCUUUUA